AGCAGCUCUGCAGCACUCGGCUCUGCUCCACUCUGCUCAGCUCCGCUCCAGGAAGGCCACCUCCUCCUCCCCCUCCUCCUCACGCUGUCACCACUCACCACACAUAGCCUCGAGGGGGUGGGGACCCCAGAGCUGGACACACCCCACUGUGACCCUGGAGUUCAGAGGGUCGAAGGGACGCACAGUUGGACGCAGGACCCCGGAGCCCCGAGGUGGGCAGUGUGCCAGGGUCCCUCGCAGCCUCUUCAAGCCCUGUCCAGGCUAUGGGAAUCAAGACAGCAUUGCCUGCAGCUGAGCUGGGCCUGUACUCCCUGGUGCUGAGUGGAGCGCUGGCCUAUGCUGGCCGUGGUCUCCUUGAGGCUUCACAAGAUGGGGCCCACAGGAAGGCCUUCCGGGAGUCUGUGCGGCCCGGCUGGGAGUACAUUGGCCGGAAGAUGGACGUGGCUGACUUCGAGUGGGUGAUGUGGUUCACCUCCUUCCGCAAUGUCAUUGUCUUCGCCCUCUCAGGACACGUGCUGUUUGCUAAACUCUGCACCAUGAUUGCCCCCCAGCUCCGCUCCUGGAUGUAUGCUGUGUAUGGGGCUCUGGCUGUGGCAGGCACAAUGGGCCCUUGGUACCUGCUGCUGCUGCUUGGCCACUGUGUGGGCCUCUAUGUGGCCUCCCUCUUGGGCCAGCCCUGGCUCUGUCUCAGCCUUGGCCUGGCCAGCCUGGCCUCUUUCAAGAUGGACCCCCUAAUCUCUUGGCAGAGUGGGUUCGUAACGGGCACUUUUGAUCUACAAGAGGUGCUGUUCCACGGGGGCAGCGGCUUCACAGUGCUGCGCUGCACCAGCUUUGCGCUGGAGAACUGCGCCCACCCGGACCGCCACUACUCCCUAGCCGACCUGCUCAAGUACAACUUCUACCUGCCUUUCUUCUUCUUUGGGCCCAUCAUGACCUUUGAUAGCUUCCAUGCCCAGGUGAGCCAGGUGGAGCCAGUGAGGCCUGAGGGUGAGCUAUGGCGCAUCCGGGCCCAGGCGGGCCUCAGUGUGGUGGCCAUUAUGGCCGUGGACAUCUUCUUUCACUUCUUCUACAUCCUCACCAUUCCCAGUGACCUCAAAUUUGCCAACCGCCUCCCGGACAGCGCCCUCGCUGGUCUAGCCUAUUCAAACCUGGUAUAUGACUGGGUGAAGGCAGCUGUCCUCUUCAGCGUUGUCAACACUGUGGCACGGCUUGACCACCUGGACCCACCCCAGCCUCCAAAGUGCAUCACAGCACUCUACGUCUUUGGGGAAACGCACUUCGACCGUGGCAUCAAUGACUGGCUUUGCAAAUACGUGUAUGACCACAUUGGUGGGGAGCACUCCCAGGUGAUCCCAGAGCUGGCAGCCUCAGUGGCCACAUUUGCCAUCACCACUUUGUGGCUCGGGCCUUGUGACAUUGUCUACUUAUGGUCAUUCCUUAACUGCUUUGGCCUCAACUUUGAGCUCUGGGUGCAGAAGCUGGCAGAGUGGGGGCCCAUAGCACGAACAGAGGCCUCUCUGUCAGAGCAGAUGUCCCGCAGGGUCCGGGCCCUCUUUGGGGCCAUGAACUUCUGGGCUAUCAUCAUGUACAACCUUGUGAGCCUGAACAGCCUUGAGUUCACAGAGCUGGUGGCCCGGCGUCUGCUACUUACAGGGUUCCCACAGACCACACUGGCUGUCAUGUUUGUCACCUACUGUGGUGUCCAGCUGGUGAAGGAGCGUGAGCGAACCCUGGCACUGGAGGAGGAGCAGACACAGGACAAAGAGAAGCCGGAGUAGGUGGGGGUGGGGGAAUAGGCUCUGCUCAGCUAUUCUGGGGCCCCAGGCGCAGGCCAGGCCAGAUGGGGCUGACUGAUAGAAUAAAAGACUUUUCUACCACA